AUAGAACCAUGUUUUGUCUCGUUCUCUCCCCAACUCGCAUCUGUCCAUAAAAACCCAUUCCCUACGCGACUCAGAAAUCUAAAACCUCACACACAGAUUCAAAAUAAGAUUCGAGAGCUCUCUCUUGCUCUCUCUUUGCUGCAGCAAUGGCGUCUAGGGGUUCGAUUUGGUUUUGCAUGUUCGUUGUGUCUCUAAUUGUAGCAAUCUCAGCUGGGGAGAGUGAAGAGAAGGAAUUCGUUUUGACUCUGGACCACUCCAAUUUCACUGAUACUGUUAGCAAGCACGAUUUCAUCGUCGUCGAAUUCUACGCUCCUUGGUGUGGUCACUGCAAGAAGCUUGCUCCUGAGUAUGAGAAAGCUGCAUCCAUCUUGCAUAGUCAUGACCAUCCAGUUGUUCUGGCCAAAAUUGAUGCCAAUGAAGAGGCUAACAAGGAUCUUGCAACCCAAUAUGAGGUUAAUGGAUUCCCAACUAUCAAAAUUUUGAGAAAUGGGGGGAAGUCAAUUCAGGAAUAUAAAGGCCCUCGUGAUGCUGAUGGCAUUGUUGAAUAUUUGAAGAAACAAAGCGGCCCUGCUUCUGUUGAAAUAAAAUCAGCAGAAGAUGCUAGCAAUUUCGUUGGUGACAAAAAGAUAGUUAUUGUAGGAGUGUUCCCUAAGUUCUCUGGACAGGAGUUUGAGAGCUUUAUUGCUGUUGCAGAGAAAUUGCGCUCUGACUAUGAGUUUGGUCAUACCUUGGAUGCUAAACACCUUCCUCGUGGGGAAUCAUCUGUAACUGGGCCCCUCGUUAGGCUGUUCAAGCCAUUUGAUGAACUCUUUGUUGAUUUUAAGGACUUUAAUGUGGAUGCCCUAGAGAAGUUUGUAGAAGAAUCUAGCAUUCCCGUCGUGACUCUCUUUAACAAUGACCCCAGCAAUCAUCCUUUUGUUAUCAAAUUUUUCAAUAGUCCUGAUGCUAAGGCGAUGUUGUUUACCAACUUCAGUCAUGAAGCUGCAGAUUCUUUCAAAACUAAAUAUCAUGAAACUGCCCAGCAAUUCAAAGGACAGGGCAUAAUUUUUUUGUUGGGAGAUGUAGAGGCUAGUCAAGGUGCCUUCCAGUAUUUUGGAGUUAAAGAGGAUCAAGUGCCUCUCAUCAUCAUUCAAACUAACGAUGGACAGAAGUACCUGAAGGCAAAAUUGGAGCCUGAUCAUAUUGCUCCUUGGGUGAAGGAAUACCAGGAAGGCAAGGUCCUGCCAUACAAGAAAUCUGAACCUAUCCCUGAAGUAAACAAUGAGCCUGUGAAAGUUGUGGUUGCUGAUAGUCUACAGGACAUGGUUAUCAACUCUGGAAAAAAUGUCCUUCUAGAGUUUUAUGCUCCUUGGUGCGGACACUGCAAAAAUUUGGCUCCAAUCUUGGAGGAAGUUGCCAUUUCAUACCAAAGUGAUCCUGAUGUUGUCAUUGCAAAGCUUGAUGCAACUGCAAAUGAUAUCCCAAGUGAUACUUUCGACGUGAAGGGAUACCCCACUGUAUACUUGAGGUCAGCAAGUGGAAAGUUGGUGCAAUAUGAAGGGGAUAGGACCAAAGAAGAUAUCAUUGACUUCAUUGAAAAGAAUCGGGAUAAAGAUAAAGUUGCCCAAGAAGAAUCGCCCAAGGCUAAGGAUGAGCUCUAAAUCUUGUAUCAAUUUUGGGUUUUCUGUGUACUAAUAGUUAUGUCAGAAUAAUCAAAUUAUUUAGUUUUCUUAGCCCCUUUGUUGUCAGGGAGAAAAAUGGAAAAGGAUAAUCGUGAAGUUAGAUGAGUUUUCCUUUCAAUUAUUACUGGAUUAUUUUACA